AUGCUGGGUUAUGAGCCACUAAUGGAGGCUGAUGAAGCGUGUUGUGAUAAGUCAGCCGCUGUCCUACGUGAUGAGCAGUGGAUGGUGUGGUUAGGUGACAGUGAUGCUAACACCAUAUGUGAGAAACGGAUUAACCAGCAGCAUAGUCGUGAUGUAACUGACCCUGCUUCAGACGGCGGUCACCUUGCUGCUAACGUAGCGCCGCUGGGAGACCAUCGGUGUCCUUCGCUGAGGUACCUGGUAAAUGUGCGUGGGCUGAGGGGACCGGGAGGGGAAGGGGAAGAUGGGUCGCUGUGA